AAAGUUCCCAUGAAGAUGGGAACAAAUUCAUGUGUAACCUAUUAUAAUUCAUAUUUUUAUGGAUCCGAAGAUAUUAUAAUGUUAAGCAAAUAUAUUUUUACUAAAUACCUAGGAAUAAAAUUCUCAUCUUUAUGUUCUAAAGAAUGUUAUAAUGUUCAGGGAAGUAUUUUGCGCUACUAAAAUACCUUCUUUUCAUAGUCGUAGCAUGUAUCCAGAGGAAGUCAUUAUAUUUGAUAUACACAUUUCUGAUAAUGAUUUAAACACUCCAAUCAAGAUGUUGCCCAAUCAUUUUGGGACCUUUCUUCAGAACGACUUUCGCAGUCUUCUAACUUUGUGUUGUGAUGAUGGAACAUUUUACUUUGUAGACAUUAUUCACUACGGUGAUUACGUCGACGACCCUAAUAGUGGAAUUCAAUGGAAUGAUUUCAUACUUAGUAAUUACAUUGUUGCAGGACAGAAACUUCGAUUUAAAUUCGAUCUUACUACUACCUAUAUGUGUCAUGUAUUUCCUAUUGAUGUUUAGUUUUAGCAUGAUGUAACAUAAAUAAUUGACUCCUAUGUUCAAAUUAUUCUAUGUAUCCUAUAAUUACCAUGUUUUCAUACCCGAAGCCUCUACCCAAUGAA